CACUCAGCUGACAGAAUACAACGAGAACUGUGGUGAUAAGCAUCGUCAACAGGAACCUCUCUCUAUUCACUCCUUGAAGUAGUUCCAAGACAUAUAUAUACAUAUCUGUUCAGACUUUAUUUAUUGUAAGAAUUACCGUCUUUCUAUUGUUAAAAACACGCAUUUAAUCGCUAGUCACGAAAGAAGGAGAAAAAUGGCUCCAACACAACACCAGAGCAACACAGAAUCUCGUCUGAACAGCUGCUCAGCCGACGCGGUGCAGACGAAGUCGUCUUCAAACGUCACAAGCAGCAUCAAAAGCACAGCGUCCCGUGUGAGUGAAAGCAGCAGCAAAAGCAGCACUUCGUCAGACAUUAGCGGGGCGUCGAUGGAAGGAAGAACUUCGAGGAUGGAGUGGCCCACUAUGCCUAGUGUUGGGGGCGACUCCCUCAUCCCCAUCGCCACCCGGGGCCUCUUCCACAGCGACGCCUUCUUCGAAGAUGCCCGGAGGCACUUCGACCAAGCCGUCCAGGAGGUCGUAGGUCAGUGGGGUCAGAGGUCAGACGAAGCGAGUGACCUGGAUUCUUACAGGAAGAUUCGAGAUCUGGAUCUCAAAGACAGCAAUCAAGCAGUGUCUCUCUCCCAAGAUGAUUCUCACCAUAAGGUCGUACUGGACGUCAGAGACUUCAUGGAUGGAGACGUCAAGGUGAAAAUUCUGGACGAAAACGAGCUCGUGAUUGAAGGCAGUGCCGAGAAGAAAGACGGACAUUCGAUCUCGAAGAGGAGCUUCUGUCGUCGCUUUACUUUCCCUGGUCUAGUCAAGGGUGACGCCGUGUCCUCGGCAAUGUCCUCCGACGGUGUCUUGACAGUCAAUGUUCCGAAGAAUAACCAAAGAGAAACUUCCAAAAAGGUGAACUUCCAGUUGCAAGAUACAAAAGAGGAAGUUGCAAGAAGCAGCUCGGCUGAUGCAGGUGAAAAGAAGUUUGUUCAGGCAGACAGCAGGCAGGAAGAUGAUUUCUUCCAUGACAGGAAAACCAGCAUUCUGUUGCCCAUCUCGGAAAAGGGGUCCUUUUUCCAUGACUCCUUCUUCGAGAGUGCCCGACAAGACUUUGAGAAAUCGGUCCAGGAAGUUUUGAGUAAUUUUGGAAGUACUGCUAUGUGUGUGAGUGAUACAAAGGACAGCAUGACGGCAUACAGGAGCCUCAGAGAGGAGAACCUCACACAGGAAAAUCAAGCCGUUUCUUUGACAGAAGACGAAACCUUCCAUAAGGUUGUUCUGGAUGUCAAAGACUUCAUGAAAGGAGAUGUUAGCGUGAAGGUUGUGGAUGAGACGGAGAUACAGGUUGUUGGAAAAAUAGAGGAGACAAAGGAAGGGAAAUCUUCACACAAGAGCUUCCAGCGAUCAUUCACUUUUCCUGGACCCAUCAGAUCCAGUGAAAUCACGUCUGCAAUGUCAUCGGAUGGAAUUCUUACUGUAAAGGUUCCAAAAGAAAAGAAGCAUAAAGAAAUGUGCUCAACCAAAUCCUUGAUUCACUCCACCAAUUCCUCUAGCUCCAUCUCUUCCAACCUACAGACGAACUCUCAGGGAAUUCAAUUCUCCACCAAAGACAAAGAAAAGUCUGAUGCUAGCAGAACGCUGGAGAAUUCAGCAGACACCUUCCUUUUGCCAGUGUUCGAGAAAGGCCACUUCUUCCACGACGACUUCUUUGCGUCUAUGCGUCAAGACUUUGAAAGGGCAGUUCAGGAAGUCAUGGAAAAGCAUGGAAAGUCAACGUCUCUAUCACAUGACAUGACUUCUUACAGAAGCUUAAGAGAGCAAGACAUGAGAGAAGAGAAUCAAGCAAUUUCUGUGACCGAAGAUCACAAGAGUCAUAAGGUGGUGAUGGAUGUACACGAUUUCAACAAGAAUGACUUGAAAAUCAAAGUUGUUGAUGAAAAUGAGCUGGUUGUUGAGGGAAAGGUGGAAAAGAAAGAGGGGGAGUCUGUAUCUACAAAAACUUUCCGCAAGAACUUUGUUUUCCCUGGACUAGUGAACUCUGAAGCAGUUUCAUCAUCAAUGUCUUCCGAUGGUGUGCUCAUAAUUACCAUUCCAAAGAAACAACAAGAACGCAUGGUCUCCACGGCGUCUCAGUGUCUAGACAGGGAUCUCAUGUCAUCCUUGAGCUCUUCUCAAAAUUUAUCAAACCACUCAAGCUCACACGUGUCCUCAAGUCAGUCCUUGAAUCAUAGCCAGUUUGAUAAAGAGAAGUCUAGCUUUCACGAUGAGUUCUUUGCAAAGGCUCACCACGAUUUUGAAGAAGCUGCAAACAGGGUUUUCAAUCACGCACAAGAUAUGACCUUGUCAUUAGAGGAGAGGAACCCCUUUGAAAAUAUAUGCGAAGUCACUACAGGGGACGACGAUCGAACGCUGUCUAUGGAGGACGAUGGCCAUUCCAUUAAGGUCAAAAUCGACGUUACUGACUUCGUGGGUGGAGACCUCCAAGUAAAAGCCCUGGAGCAGAACAGGCUCCUGGUGGAGGGUCGGAAGGAAGUUGUGGAUAACAACGGAAGGGCUUCCAGCAAGAGCUUCAGCCGCCGCAUGAAGUUACCGGGUACCAUCCAGGUGGAUGCCAUCACUUCUGUUCUCUCGAAGGAUGGGGUACUCGUCGUUACGGCACCAAAGAACUUUUCAUCGUCAACAGGAACCUCUCUCUAUUCGCUCCUUGAAGUGGUUCCAAGACAAAUAUAUAUUUGUUCAGACUUGAUUCAUUGUGAGAAUUACCGUCUUUCUAUUGUUAAAAACAAGCAUUUAAUCGCUGGUCAACAAAGAAGAAGAAGAAGAAAAAUGGCUCCAACACAACACCAGAGCAACACAGCAUCUCGUCUGAACAGCUGCUCAGCCGACGCAGUGCAGACGAAGUUGUCCUCAAACGUCACAAGCAGCAUCAAAAGCACAGCGUCCCGUGUGAGUGAAAGCAGCAGCAAACGCAGCACUUCGUCAGACAUUAGCGGGGCGUCGAUGGAAGGAAGAACUUCGAGGAUGGAGUGGCCCGCUAUGCCUAGUGUUGGGGGGGACUCCCUCAUCCCCAUCGCCACCCGGGGCCUCUUCCACAGCGACGCCUUCUUCGAAGAUGCCCGGAGGCACUUCGACCAAGCCGUCCAGGAGGUCGUAGGUCAGUGGGGUCAGAGGUCAGACGAAGCGAGUGACCUGGAUUCUUAUAGGAAGAUUCGAGAACUGGAUCUCAAAGACAGCAAUCAAGCAGUGUCUCUCUCCCAAGAUGAUUCUCACCAUAAGGUCGUACUGGACGUCAGAGACUUCAUGGAUGGAGACGUCAAGGUGAAAAUUCUGGACGAAAACGAACUCGUGAUUGAAGGCAGCGCCGAAAAGAAAGACGGACAUUCGAUCUCGAAGAGGAGCUUCUGUCGUCGCUUUACUUUCCCUGGUCUAGUCAAUGGCGACGCCGUGUCCUCGGCAAUGUCCUCCGACGGUGUCCUGACAGUCAGUGUCCCGAAGAAUAACCAAAGAGAAACUUCCAAAAAGAAGGUGAACUUCCAGUUGCAGGAUACAAAAGAGGAAGUUGCAAGAAACAGCUCGACUGAGGCAGGUGAAAAGAAGUUUGUUCAGGCAGACAGCAGACAGGACGUGGCAUCAGUGGAUUUCUUACACGACAGGAAAACCCACUUUCUGUUGCCCAUCUCGGAAAAGGGGUCCUUUUUUCAUGACUCCUUCUUCGAAAAUGCUCGACAAGACUUUGAGAAAUCGGUCCAGGAAGUUUUGAGUAAUUAUGGAAGUACUACUACCUGUGCAAAUGAUACAAAGGACAGCAUGACGGCAUACAGGAGCCUCAGAGAGGAGAACCUCACACAGGAAAAUCAAGCCGUUUCACUGACAGAAGACGACACCUUCCAUAAGGUUGUUCUGGAUGUCAAAGACUUCAUGAAAGGAGAUGUUAGAGUGAAGGUUGUGGACAAGACGGAGAUACAGGUUGUUGGAAAAAUAGAGGAGACCAAGGAAGGGAGAUCUUCACACAAGAGCUUCCAGCGAUUAUUCACUUUUCCUGGACCCAUCAGAUACAGUGAAAUCACGUCUGCAAUGUCAUCGGAUGGAAUUCUUACUGUAAAGGUUCCAAAAGAAAAGGAGCAUAAAGAAAUGUGCUCAACCAAAUCCUCGAUUCACUCCACCAACUCCUCUAGCUCCAUCUCUUCCAACCUACAGACGAACUCUCAGGGAAUGCAAUUCUCCACCAAAGACAAAGAAAAGUCUGAUGCUAGUAGAACGCAGGAGAAUUCAGCAGACACCUUCCUUUUGCCUGUGUUCGAGAAAGGCCACUUCUUCCACGACGACUUCUUUGCGUCUAUGCGUCAAGACUUUGAAAGGGCAGUUCAGGAAGUCAUGGAAAAGCAUGGAAAAUCAACGUCUCUAUCACAUGACAUGACUUCUUACAGAAGCUUAAGAGAGCAAGACAUGAGAGAAGAGAAUCAAGCAAUUUCUGUGACCGAAGAUCACCAGAGUCAUAAGGUGGUGAUGGAUGUACACGAUUUCAACAAGGAUGACUUGAAAAUCAAAGUCGUCGAUGAGAAUGAGCUGGUUGUUGAAGGAAAGGUGGAAAAGAAAGAGGGGGAGUCUGUAUCCACAAAAACAUUCCACAGGAAGUUUGUUUUCCCUGGACUGGUGAACUUUGAAGAGGUUUCAUCAUCGAUGUCUUCCGAUGGUGUGCUCAUAAUUACCAUUCCAAAGAAACAACAAGAACGUGUGGUCACCACGGCGUCUCAGUGUCUAGACAGGGAUCUCAUGUCAUCCUUGAGCUCUUCUCAAAAUUUAUCAAGCAAUGCAAGCUCACACGUGUCCUCGAGUCAGUCCUUGAAUCAUAGCCAGUUUGGUAAAGAGAUGUCUAGCUUUCACGAUGAGUUCUUUGCAAAGGCUCACCACGAUUUUGAAGAAGCUGCGGACAGGGUUUUCAAUCAUGCACAAGCUAUGACCUUGUCAUUAGAGGAGAGGAACCCCUUUGAGAAUAUAUGCGAGGUCACUUCAGGGGGCGACGAUCGAACGCUGUCUAUGGAGGACGAUGGUCAUUCCAUUAAGGUCAAAAUCGACGUCACUGACUUCGUGGAUGGAGACCUCCAAGUGAAAGCCCUGGAGCAGAACGGGCUCCUGGUGGAGGGUCGGAAGGAAGUUGGGGAUAACUCUGGAAGUUCCUCUAGUAAGAGCUUCAGCCGGCGCAUGAAAUUACCGGAUACCAUCCAGGUCGAUGCCAUCACUUCCGUUCUCUCGAAGGAUGGGGUACUCGUCGUUACGGCACCAAAGAACUUUUCCUAAGAAUUCUUUACUGUUCGAACCUUCUCAACUGAUCAGUGACAAUCAGCUCCUAAGAAUUCUUUGUACUGUUCGAACCUUCUCAACUGAUCAGUGACGAUCAGGUGCCAAAGGUUUCCAGACAUGGUUACUACUAUUCUGUUUUCAUCGUUCGUUUUCUUGGCUUAAAUCCGUAAAUAUUUAUGUGAUUAGUGAUAUUGGAAGUAUAUUUUUUAUCAAAUGUUGUCUAUUUUGCUAAUAAAAUAAAGAAAAAUUA